AUGGCGCGUCCGAGUUCAGAUGAGAAGGUUUUGUGUUCAAAUGACGUCGGGAGAAUACGACUCCCAAAGAGAGUAAUACAAUUUGUCGCGGGAAGCGAAACUGGAAAACCAAACGUCAUUCCUUUGCCACCUUAUGAUUCGCGUGGCCUUCUUGAUACCUUAGAGAAAGUACGACUCCGUGUUGGAAGAAUGGCGCGUCUGGCUCAAGAUCAGAGGGUUGCGUGUUCAAAUGACGUCGGGGUCAGUGGUAGGACUGCGCCUGGUGGGAAGCUUUUUCUCUGCAAUGCUUUUCCGGUGCUAGAGCAAGAUUUAAGGAACAGCGCGGCUCAGUACUGCUUGAUCUUUCGAGGGAAAUCUAUGGGCACUUAA